UUCCCAAACGGGGCGGGGUGCAGUUGAGCCCGGCGCACAGCGCUGCAGAGCGCACCGUCACCGGCAGCUCUCUCAGCUCUGUCUGUCCGUCUGCCAGGACAAAAUGGGUCUCGAAAAGGAGAAGUCGGACACUAGUAUAAUUAUGGGCGAGGAUGAGUUCAACAGGUCGAUAGAGCCCAUUCUGUCGAAGAAAGGGAAGAUCUACACAGAGCCCCCGGACCGGGAUCCAAAUGACAUCAACGCGCACUUGAAGGUUGGCUUUGAGGAUGUCAUCGCAGAGCCCAUCUCGACACACAGCUUCGACAAAGUGUGGAUAGGAAGCCACGCCGUGUUUGAGCUGGUGAAAUACGUCUUCUACCGCCUUCUCACCACGCUGCUGGCCGUGCCAAUGGCCUUCAUCCUAGGGCUGGUCUUCGGGGUGCUCAGCUGCAUUCAUAUCUGGUUGGUGAUGCCUGUGAUCCAGAGCUUUAUGAUGGCCUUGCCCUCUAUCCAGGUUGUAUGGAGGAGUGUGACGGACAUGUUCAUAGCUCCGCUCUUCCACAGCAUGGGCAAGUGUCUGUCCUCCAUUCAUGUUGAAAACACACAGAAGUAAUGCAAACUCCAUGAGGACAAAGAAGCAUGGGAGAGAAUGGAGUUGAAAAAAGGGUCGAAUGAUGCUUGCAGUGGAAUGCAUUAGCUCUUUGUAAAGUAAUGGAUAGAAUGAGCAAAGUGGUUACAAGGAUAAAUUGAGAUGCCAUUAUGUUGUGAAUUCUCUUCGCCAAAACCUAAUGACAAGGCAUGCAGAGCUGCUCGUGAUCAUCAGAACAUAACUGUAGGAAUGUAAUUGGCCGAAGUAAACAUUUGUAAUAUUUUGGGACUUUAUCAAGAGCUUGUGUGCACCACCCAAAAUGGACUUAUUUUACUGUUUGUGACCAAAAAAAAAAAAAAAAAA